UAUAGUCUGAGAAACUUUACAGAGAAAUAUGGGGCACGAGAACUUUACGGCUCAGAAGAGAAGUGGAGGAAGUGGGUUACCGACUACUAAUACUGGCUCAGCUGUCAAUGGCAGAAGCCGUGGAUUUGGGAGCUUACCUCGUGGCCGUCAGAUCCAAAAAACCUUCAACAACAUCAAGAUUACCAUUCUAUGUGGCUUCGUUACUAUCCUUGUUCUUCGUGGAACUAUCGGCGUCGGAAACCUUGGCGGCUCCGACACCGACGCCGUCAACCAGAACAUCGUCGAAGAGACGAACCGGAUCCUCGCCGAGAUCCGAUCCGACGGUGAUCCCAACGACCCGGAUGAGCUUGCCGAGUCUGAGAUCAAUCCAAAUGUUACAUACACUCUUGGCCCCAAGAUCGAAAAUUGGAACCAGGAGCGGAAAGCCUGGCUUGAUUCCAAUCCCGAGUUCCCCAGUUAUGUUAAUGGUAAGCCUCGUAUCUUGCUCGUAACUGGGUCGCCGCCUAAGCCUUGUGAUAACCCAAUUGGGGAUCAUUAUUUGCUGAAAGGUAUUAAGAAUAAGAUUGAUUAUUGUAGGCUCCAUGGGAUUGAGAUUGUGUAUAAUUUGGCUCAUUUGGAUAAGGAGCUUGCUGGGUAUUGGGCAAAAUUGCCAUUACUUAGGCGUUUGAUGUUAUCCCAUCCUGAAGUUGAGUGGAUUUGGUGGAUGGAUAGUGAUGCAUUGUUUACUGAUAUGGUGUUUGAGAUCCCACUCUCUAAGUAUGAUAAUUAUAAUUUGGUCGUUCAUGGGUAUCCUGAUUUGAUGUUCGAACAAAAAUCUUGGAUUGCUUUGAAUACUGGUAGCUUUUUGUUUAGGAAUUGUCAAUGGUCUCUGGAUUUGCUCGAUGCUUGGGCUCCAAUGGGUCCUAAGGGUCCAAUUCGAGAAGAGGCGGGGAGGGUUUUGACUGCCUUUCUCAAGGGAAGGCCGGCUUUUGAGGCAGAUGAUCAGUCGGCAUUGAUAUACUUAUUGCUUUCACAGAAGGAUCAAUGGAUGGAUAAGGUGUUUCUUGAGAAUUCAUACUACUUACAUGGCUAUUGGGCUGGUUUAGUUGAUCGUUAUGAAGAGAUGAUAGAGAAGUAUCAUCCAGGGUUGGGAGAUGAGAGAUGGCCAUUUGUGACCCAUUUUGUGGGCUGCAAGCCUUGUGGGAGCUAUGGAGAUUACCCGGUUGAGAAGUGCUUGAGCAGUAUGGAAAGGGCAUUCAAUUUUGCUGAUAACCAGGUGCUUCAGCUGUAUGGUUUUAGGCACAGGGGCUUGUUGAGUCCUAAGAUCAAGAGGGUCAGGAAUGAGACUGUCACUCCUCUGGAGUACGUUGACAAGUUUGAUAUUCGGCGGCAUCCAGCCCAGCAGAGCUAGUGAGUUGUAGUAAUACAAUCAAUCUUUCAUUGUGUGAGAUAAUCUGUAGAUCUUGAUGAAGGGACCAACUUGGGUCGUGUUAAUGUACGUAUUGAUCUGAUUUUAAUCAUUUUUGGCGUCCACAGUGGGUUCCCAUGAGAGCUAACCUUGGCGUACAUUCUCCUUAGUUACAGAACACCAUGUAUACCAUGUUCCUGUUUGUUCGUUCUUUGUCUUGAGAAAGUGAAAAAGCAGCGAAGGCUUGUAUUUGACUUCUUUUUUCUUUUUUGCCUUUUCUCCCACUUUUCUUUUGGUUAGCUUGACAAUAUGUAUAGUAUAGUUUUUAGUUAUUAUACAGGAUAGUGAUAGAUCACAUUUUACAGACCAUUGAUUUUUCUCUUCCUAAAGGCAAAAUGCCAUGAACUGUAUUGGGUAAUUUCCUUAGGUCCUUGUCAAUAAAGAGAGAACUCAUGUUAUUUUAA